UCGUCGUUGUCGUCGGGUGUGCACGCGAUCGCACGGGCGAGGAGGAGAUGGUGCCCUCCCCGGAUUGUACGGAGGUGGGAAGUGACUACUCGUCGUCAUCAUCAUCAUCGUUACCGUCAUUAUCGUCGUCACCGUCAUCGCCAGUUCGCGCUAACGCUAACGUCGCCGCUCGUGGUGCGGUCGCCGCCACCGCCACCACCGUCGUCGCCAUCACCGCCACCGUCGUCGCGUUCUUCGCGUUCUUCAGCGUCAUCGACGUCAUCGUAACUGCCACCGCCACCGUCGCUGCCGCCGCCGUCGUCGUCGCCGUCGUCACAGCCGUCGUCGCCGUCAUCGUGGGUGCCGCCGCCAGUCACGCCACUGCCACUACUGCCGUUUCCGACGCGAGCAUGUUCGUCGUCCGUGCUGCCAACGAGGCUUCCACCGCGACGGUCUAACCCCGUGAGGGUUCCUAGCACUCGCCGCCUUGUACUGAACCCGAUACCAGUCCGAUCGAUCGGAGGAAAGGGAGGGUUCCUCUGAAGACGUGAUACGUUGGUGCUCCGUACGGUGGAAAUAGGGAUUUCCACCGUAACUUGCCGUUUCACAUUCGCGCUCGCGUGUCUACAUCCCCCCUUUUCCUCACCCUUAUUUCGCUGUUCCCUUCCGCCAUCGCGAAGCGAUCUCUCGAUAGCUGAUAGAUCGAAUCCACGAGUUCUUUCUUCGUCGAGAGCGAGACGAGGAGCAGGUGCGAGACGAAACGAGUCGUGUCGUGAUAUAUCAUCGCCAGGCACAAUGGCUUGCGAAUUCUUUAAGCUUGAACGAUGGCCGAUUCACGCGGCUUCAAGCCAAUAAACCAGUUGUGGCAGAGCGCGACAGUGCCGACGGAUCAGGAUUCGGAGUGUCUCUACGAGGAGAUCCCGGGCCGGUCCCGGGAUACGGCCCGGCCGGCGGGUGCCGCCGUUGGGCAGCAGGGGGUGGAGGAAGAACAGCUGGAGGAGGAGGAGAAUAUCGGCGGCAGCAGGAGGAGCCUCGAUUUCGGGGUACAGGUUGGAGAUAGCGACUUCUGGACUGAUUCGGGCCGGGAGGAGAUCAUCGCCAGGAGCGGUACCAUCCCCCGUAGCAGGACCGACGGCGGCGCGAGGUCGCGCAGUGGAUCGGCCGAUCGGCGACCAACGGAUCGGCCGCGUCAGCGGGACGUUGUCGUCGUCAGGGUGGAGGAGGAGGCGCGCUAUGCCGCGCGCAGGAGCCACGUGGAGCCCGGUACAGGCGCCAUACUGCCGCCUCCUGCGGCUGCCGGCCACAAGCUGACCAGGGGGCGAACCAGCGCUACCAACACCGUCGCCCGGUACUUGCAUUCAGCCAGCACGAACGCCUCGGCGGCGCAUUACCAUCACCAUCAUCACGGGCUGCACGGCCAGUAUCCCCCCGGCGCGGGCGGCAGGACGACCGGCAGGCAGCACCGCCAUCAUCACCCUAGCCGCGGCUCGUACAGUAAUGAGACGCAGGAAGAGGUACAGGAGGACGAUGAAGCCACUCUACGGGAGUUGCUCGUAAGUCUGCAGAAACAGGUCAGCGUUAUGAGUAUGAACCUGAGUGCCAAGCUGGACGAGCUGCAGCGGGGUGACCGCCAGCUGGAGACCACCGUCGCUCUCUGCGAGAUCCGCACGCAGCUGCAGGAGCUCACAAAGAGCGUAGAGUCUUGUCAGAGCGAGGUCAGCGAGGUCAAACGGGACAUGGUCACGAUUAAGCAAGAACUAGAUACAGUACAGCAGGUCAAGGAAGAGAUAGAGGAAUUACGAGAGUACGUGAAUCGACUGGAAGAACACUCUCAUCGGCGGAAGCUUAGGCUGUUGGAGCAGGGACUGACGCUUUUCCUGUCGUACGCGAUACUAGCUGCCGUAUUGGGAAUGUUGCAGUUUGGAUACAACACUGGAGUGAUUAACGCGCCUGAAGUGAACAUAGAGAAUUUUAUGAAAGAUGUAUACAAGGAUAGGUACGGGGAGGACAUUUCGGAUGAUUCUGUUAAGACGUUAUACUCCGUGGCCGUGAGCAUAUUUGCGAUCGGUGGUAUGGUGGGUGGUUUCAGCGGAGGGACAAUUGCCAACAGAUUUGGCAGAAAGGGAGGCUUACUGCUAAACAACGUGCUGGGCAUCGUGGGGGCGUGCCUGAUGGGUUUCACGAAACUUGCUGAGUCGUACGAGAUGCUGUUUUUUGGACGGUUUAUCAUCGGUGUCAAUUGUGGCUUGAACACCUCGUUGGUUCCCAUGUACAUAUCGGAAAUAGCGCCAUUAAACCUGAGAGGUGGCCUAGGCACGGUGAACCAGCUCGCUGUUACGGUGGGCCUCCUGGUCUCCCAGGUGCUGGGCAUCGAGCAAAUCCUUGGAACAAACGAGGGUUGGCCCGUUCUCUUAGGACUAGCUAUCUGUCCUGCCAUUCUACAGCUACUGCUGCUUCCAGUAUGCCCGGAAUCUCCAAGAUAUUUGCUCAUUACUAAACAGUGGGAGGAAGAGGCUCGAAAAGCUUUGAGAAGGUUGAGAGCCAGUAACCAAGUAGAAGAAGACAUUGAGGAGAUGAGAGCGGAGGAACGAGCUCAACAAGCUGAGUCCACGAUAUCGAUGACAGAGCUUAUAUGCAGUCCAACUUUAAGAGCACCUCUCGUUAUUGGUGUGGUUAUGCAACUUUCGCAGCAGCUUUCGGGUAUCAAUGCCGUAUUUUAUUAUUCCACGAAUCUGUUCACUAGUUCUGGUUUAACGGACGAGAGUGCCAAGUUUGCAACCAUUGGCAUAGGUGCCAUCAUGGUUUGUAUGACGCUAGUGUCUAUCCCACUCAUGGAUAGGACAGGAAGGCGUACGUUGCACUUGUAUGGUCUUGGUGGCAUGUUUAUCUUUUCAAUAUUCAUCACAAUUUCGUUUCUCAUAAAGGAGUUCUUUGGCUAUGUGCAGGAAAUGAUCGACUGGAUGUCCUACAUCUCGGUAGCAUCGACCUUGUGCUUCGUCGUAUUCUUCGCCGUGGGGCCCGGAUCUAUACCCUGGAUGAUCACGGCGGAAUUGUUCUCGCAAGGCCCUAGACCCGCCGCCAUGUCCAUCGCGGUUCUCGUCAAUUGGAUGGCUAAUUUUUUGGUUGGCAUCGGUUUUCCAAGCAUGAAGAGUAGCCUUGAAAACUACACGUUCCUACCGUUCAGUGCAUUUCUAGCCAUCUUCUGGAUCUUCACCUACAAGAAGGUUCCUGAGACCAAGAAUAAAACAUUCGAAGAGAUUCUAGCUUUAUUCAGGCAUGGUAACGACAGGAGCAGCUUGCGGGACAGCAGACUUUAUGGGAGCAUGCUAAACUGUGUGAAUGCAUUAGAGGGACACAUACCACCAGCAGAGAGCGCAGCCCUGAUGGUGGCAGAGGAGAAGCCACAUCCUGAUUCAUUAUAAUUCAGAAAGUGCAGAGGCGUCAAAGUGCUGGUUAUACGACAGUCAAACUAUACAUUGUGCCGCUUCACGCUACAAGACACACGCGAGCGGUCAUAGCGGGAACACUGUUUAAAUUUUAUUCACUUUUUCGCGUUGACAACAGCUAAUCAAGAAAGAAAAUAUAACGAAGUAAAUCGACAUUAGUUUAACGUGUGCUACACCGAGAGAUCAGAAACCUUUAAUCUGCUAUAACAUCAUUCACCCAUUAGAACAAUUGC